GCGCCCUCACUAGCUCGCCCUCCGCUCCCGUGGUGGCCAUGGCUCUCCCGGUGGCCCUGGUCCUGCUCGGGCUGCUCUGUCUGUCUGGCCUGGACGCCGAACAGCGGAAACCGAGGAUCCAGGUUUACUCGCGGCAUCCACCAGAGAAUGGAAAACCAAAUUUCCUGAACUGCUAUGUGUCUGGGUUCCAUCCUCCUGAGAUUGAAAUUGACUUGAUGAAGAAUGGCGAGAAGAUGCCAGUGGAGAGGUCAGACCUGUCUUUCAGCAAGGACUGGUCUUUCUAUCUUCUGGUGCACGCAAACUUCACUCCCAGCGCCGGAGCUGAGUACAGCUGCGUUGUGAAGCACAUUACUCUUACUGAGCCCAUGAAAGUUAAAUGGGACAAGGACAAGUAACCAGCAUCAUGGAGGUUUGAAGAUGCCUGCCUCAUUUGGAUCCACCUAAUUCAAAAUUCUGUUUUCUUUUUAAUGCAUAUACGUUAUUAUGCUUUAUGAACACAAAUUAAGGGGUAACAUUAAGCUUAACACAAAUGUAAUCUUCUUUAUAAUUUUGCUUUGGGUUUUAUGUCUUCCUAGUUGACCGAUCUGCAUCAGGUUGCUGGCAGCUUGGGAGGGGACAAUGCUUAUGUUCAAGAUUACCAUUAUGAAAGAAUUUCCAUAGAAAAUUUACCAUUAAUCUAUGUUUCAGACAUUUUGAUAUUUUUGCUUCAUUAAAUAAAACUAUAAUAACUUGA